AUGAAGAAACAGAUGGGUUGGGAGCUAGAAGGAAGAUGUUCAUAUAAGUGGGUGCUAUACAUCCUCUUGUUAUUACUGCUACUGCCUCAGACAGUGCACAACGUUCCCCUUGCUGGCUGUAAUAUUGGGGAGCCUCUUCCAAUAAAUCACAAGUAUUAUCAGGCAGGAGACGUCAUCAUUGGGGGCAUUAUUUCUCAGAUCUUCACAUUGUCCAACCCUGUACGCUUCAAGUCACAUCCCUCUCAUGAACUCUUCGAUGAUAUUGUAUUUAUUACUCAAACCUACCAGCACAUCUUGUCAUUUGUAUUUGCUGUAAAGGAGGUCAAUGAAAACCACCAGAGUUUAGCCAACCUCACCCUGGGCUUCCAUAUCUAUAACAGUCAUUUUGUUGCAAGCUGGAGCUACCUUGCUGCAAUGGAACUUCUCUCCACCUGGGGCAGAUUCAUCCCUAACUACAAGUGUGAUGUCCAGGAUAAUGCAGUAGCUGUCAUUGGGGGACCUUACGCAAAUAUAUGUUUCUUCAUUGCAACCAUUCUGUCCACCUACAAAAUACCACAGCUUGGAUAUGGUUCUGCUCCAGUGAUGAAAGAUGAAAGCCAGGGACGUUUCUUCAAACGGAUGUUCCCUGAUGAGGCUCACCAGUAUACAGGGAUAGUCCAGUUGCUGCUGCAUUUCAGUUGGACAUGGAUUGGGGUGAUUUUUAUAGAUGAUGACAGUGGACACAUGUUUUUACAAGCUGCGAUUCCAAUAUUUUCCCAGGAAGGUAUCUGCUUUGACUUUUUAGAAUCUUUGCCAUAUCUCUAUUUUAACAAUGACAUUUAUGAAGUGUUUGAAAAAUGGGUUGCUAUAUACAAGGUUAUAAUGAGUAGUACUGCCAAUGUAGUGGUCGUAAGUGGUGAAAAUUACACUAUGUUGGUUUUGAGAAUGUUUCCUCGGGUUUCAGAAGUUGAGGAUGUACCAAUGAAGACCAAAGCUAAAAUUUGGGUAAUGACGGCCCAGAUGGAAUUUUCAUCACUCCCCUUUCAAAGAUUUUUGGACAUAGACAUCAUCCAUGGCGCUCUAUCCCUGGCAAUUCAGUCAAAGGAUGUGAUAGGAUUCCAGAAAUUCCUUCAGAUGAGAAAACCGUCAUCAGACAAACUGGAUGGCUUUCUCAGGGACUUCUGGCAACAGGCAUUUAACUGUAUGUUCUUCAACACUGAGGUAGAAAAGGAGAAUGAGAAAAUCUGCACUGGGGAAGAGAAGCUAGAGAAUCUUCCUGCAUCUGUUUUUGAAAUGACCAUGACCAGCCACAGCUACAAUGUCUACAAUGCUGUCCAUGCUGUGGCACAUGCUUUGCAAUUCAUGCACUCAUCGAUAUCCAAACACAGAGCAAUGGAGAACGUUGUUAGAUGGGAGCUUCUGAAACAACAGCCCUGGCAGCUCCACCACUUUCUCAGCAGUGUCUCAUUUAACAACAGUGCCGGGGAAGGGAUUUCCUUUGAUGGAAAUGGGGAAUUAGUAGCUGGAUUUGAUAUUAUCAACUGGGUCACAUUCCCAAACCAGACCUUCCUUAGAGUCAAAGUUGGGAAAAUUGACCCCAUCGCUCCCAAAGACAAAGUGUUCAGCAUUGCUAUGGAUGCCAUUGUAUGGCCCCACAUCUUUAACCAGGUACGACCCCUUUCUUUGUGUAAUGACCAUUGUCAUUCAGGUUACAGUAAGGGAAAGAAGGAAGGGAAGCCAUUUUGUUGCUUUGAUUGCCUUCCAUGUCCAGAAGGGAAGAUUUCAAACCAGAAGGAUAUGGAUGACUGUUUUCUGUGUCCAGAAGAACAAUAUCCAAAUGAGGACCAGGAUUUAUGCAUUCCCAAAGAUUUAACCUUCUUGUCUUAUGAAGAACCAUUGGGGAUCAGUUUGGCUCUUGUUGUUCUUUCCUUUUCUUUCAUCACUACAUUGGUGCUUUGGAUCUUCAUGAAGCACAAGGACACUCCCAUAGUCAAGGCCAACAACUGGAAACUCACCUACACUCUCCUCCUAUCCCUCCUGCUCUCAUUCCUUUCUCCUCUGCUAUUCAUUGGGCGGCCUAUAAAGAUGACUUGUCUACUCCAACAAACUGCUUUUGCCAUCAUCUUCUCAGUGGCAGUGUCUUGCGUGUUGGCCAAAACCAUCAUUGUGGUUCUAGCUUUCAUGGCCACCAAGCCAGGGUCCAGAAUGAGAAGAUGGGUUGGGGAAAGCCUGGCUAAUUCCAUUGUUCUUUCCAGUUCCCUGAUUCAAGCCACUAUUUGUACUAUGUGGCUGGUAACAUCUCCCCCAUUCCCAGAUUUAGACAUGCAUUCAAUGACUGAAUAUAUUGUGUUGAAAUGUAAUGAAGGUUCUGUCACGAUGUUUUACGGUGCCUUGGGCUUCCUGGGUUUCCUGGCCACUGUGAGCUUCACAGUAGCUUUCCUAGCCAGGAAGUUACCUGACAGUUUCAAUGAAGCCAAAUUCAUCACCUUCAGCAUGUUGGUCUUCUGCAGUGUUUGGCUUUCCUUUGUUCCCACCUACCUGAGCACAAGAGGGAAAUACAUGGUGGCUGUGGAGAUCUUCUCCAUCUUGGCCUCCAGUGCUGGCUUGCUGGGCUGCAUCUUUUCCCCCAAAUGCUAUAUCAUUGUGGUAAGGCCUGAGUUGAACAGCAGGGGUCAGCUAUUAAGAAGAAAUAAAAGAAUCUGA